CUGACAGAGAGGAUUAACAACCUCAGUUUGGUUACAGAGCUAAUGACAGUUACUGCUGCUGAAGACUAACUGAACACAAACUCAGCAACUAAAGGUUAUAAAAAAAAAUGUCUGCUUUAUUGUUGCUUCUUCCUAUGGUUGUGUGUUUGUGGCGAAUACCAGCUGUUGGUGCUAAUGAUAUCAAUUCUGCAUGUGGACACUGUAAUAAAGAAGCGUGCAGCCCCGUAACUUGUGCAGUCCCCGAGUUGGUCACCAAGGACGAAUGCAACUGUUGUGAGAUAUGCCUCAGCAUCGAAGGAGAAGAGUGCGGAGGACGAGAUGAGUUACGUGCCCGUUGUGCUCCGGGUAUGGUCUGCGUGAGCAGGACCAGCACUGGCAGUGGGUCAUCUUCAUUUCGUGAGGGUACAGGUGUCUGCUUGUGCGAAGAAGAUGGUGCUGUGUGUGGCUCAGAUGGGAAGACACACGCCAGCGUAUGCAUCCUGCGUUUACACAGCUUGAAGUCCCAGCACUCUGGCCUGAAUUCCAUUCAUAAGGUGCAUGAUGGAGAAUGCAUGUUUGCUCCUGUGAUUAUUGUCACACCCAGGAAAAUUCACAAUGUAACAGGAGCCCAGGUGUACCUGUCUUGUGAGGUUAAGGCUGUCCCAACUCCUAGCAUAUCCUGGAGAAAGGUCACGGAAUCACCAAAAGGAAUAAAGAUGUCUGAGGAGCUGCCUGGAGACAGAGUCAAUGUAGCCGUUCAAGUCCGUGGUGGGCCUGGCCGUCAUGAAAGCACUGGCUGGGUGCUGAUAAACCCUUUGGUAAAAGAAGAUGAAGGUACUUACCAAUGCUACGCAUCUAAUAUGGUUGGAGAAACAUUUGCUGAUGGAACAAUCAAAGUCAUUGAGAACCAUAGUCACCGCAGAGCAAAGAAGAGUAAUCAUGGUAGUUCUGAGAACAAGGGCUGAUCAGAAAUGAAGAGGCUGUCUGGAUGCUGAAUGCUUUUCAUUGCUUUCCUAAUUAUGUAAAAAUUGUAGUAAAUACUUUUAUAUAGCAACAAUGAUGUUUUUGUACAUGCUGUAAACCAGACAAAGCAGAGGCAUUAUUUGAUGAUGUUUCUAAGCUGCAGUAGAUUAUGUAAAUAGUGCUAAUUUUCAAACAAAUAAAAUGGUGAUGCGUGCGUUUUUUGUUGAAGCUGAGAUAAUAACAAAACUCUUACUUGCUCUGCUAAAUGCCCAUUUUACAAUAAGUUUAAAAAAUUCCUUACUAUUUAUUGUGAAUAUUAUUUAGCAUACACAUCUUAAAUCUAAUUUUUCCUUGCUGGAGUUGAAGGGUUCUGUUGGCCAUCCAAAGAGUUGAUCUGUGAUACUAGUAGUCCAACAGAGUUCAACACAGGAUGUGCUCACUACUAUGCAAUGUGGAGCAUGCAUAAGUACAUUUUAAAGGUUCAUUCAAGACUGCAAGUGGCUGCCAACUUUAAUUUGUACUUAAAGUUAAAAAAUAAAUAAAAAAAUUAACAAUAAAAAAAA